CAUGUGAAUCUUUUGAAAAUGCAAGUCUGGUAUUACUACAUUCAUCUGAUCCUCCGGAAACAAACAAGUAAUGUCGCUGUUCCAGUUAUUAGCGCUGUUCUUCGUUGCGUCACCGCUGUACUCUCGUGUUGCCGUCGGUGACGUAAACUACUACUAUAAGGUUCUACGGCUAGCAAACUCUCGCUCGCCAAAUCUCGUCGCUAGUCGUGCUCCAACAUUCGACAGAAAUUGCUUCUUCUCGCCUGUGCAGUGCAUGUUACCAUUUGGUAACAAGAUACAGGAAGCUAUCUGAGAUACUCUAACGCGUACCGGAUAGAUCUCUUUUGACGGGCUCUGCACUGAUUUCCGUCCAGCUCUUUCACGUAUUACACUCGACUUCCGCACUCUUCAGUGCGGCGAUAGUCACAUUGUAUAGUUUUGUAUUUCCGUUGAUAUCAUCAAGACAUCGAUUGAAAGCAACUAUUUUGAGAGGAAUGGCAAUAAUGAAAGGUGCACAUGUGAUUUGACUGAAGCAUGCUAUUGUUACGAU